AUGGUUAAUAUUAUGAAUCUACUGGACGAAAUAAUUCUUAUUAUUUGGAAUAAAUUGAAUAAAAUUGACGUACUUUACUCAUUUUUAAAUGUUAGCAAAAGAUUCGAUAAAUUGAUACGUGAUAAGAUUUACACUCAUUCUAUUGAAUUGAUAAAAACAAAUUGUGAAGAAAAAGACAAUUGUUCAUUAUCUGAUCAAAUAUUAGAUCGAUUUUGUUUGGAUACAUUACCUCAAAUCAAUUCUAUUGUUGAAGAACUCAUUCUUGAAUCACGUUCUAUGGAACGAAUUUUUUACGCUGGUGAUUAUACUCGAUUAUAAGCAUUCGACGAUUGUCAAUGUUUUCUUGAUGGACAUCUCCGUCAACUGCGUACGCUCAUUGUGAGAAUUGAUUUAAUUUGGAAUUCGAAAUUAUUUAUUAAUAAUACAGAUAUAUUGAAUUUAAAAUGUUUUUCACUAACUUCAUAUACUCAAACAAAUGAAUAUGAUACUCAUGUUGUACCACUUCUUCGUCGAAUGAUAUAUCUCGAACAACUUACAUUAUAUGUUAGUGUUAAUAAUCGAUCGACAUUUAUUGAUGGUAUUCAUCUCAACAAUGAGAUUCUCGAUCAUAUGUCUCAACUUCAAACGUUUAGCUUCAAUAUUAUCACUCGUACUAACGUCAAUACUUAUGUUAAUAAUCAAUUAUAUGAAGACAUCCGAUUUCAUUAA